AUCAGAACUUUGGAGAGAUAUUUUUUAUUAGUCUUUUGCUGUCCUUUUUUCGUUAUAUCCUCUCAGGUAUACUGAGACCAAGGUGAGCAUCCUGCCCUACAGCUCUGCCUCUGUUUCUUCUUCGGUUCUAAAUCCAUACAUGAUUUUUCAUUCAAUAUAAAAUUAAAUGCCAACUCUUCCCUCUUAUAUGUAAUAAUCUACAACCUGGGACUGUCUUUAAUUAUUUCCUUUUUGUAGAUACACAAUGAGAUACUGCUCAGAUUCAUUUUCUGAGUAGUAUGCUGAUAGGGUAAAAACAGUUGUUUGCUCUUUGCCAACGAAAGCUACACAUUGUGGUUUCUGUACCUUUAUUUACUUAUUCCUUGUGUGAAAUGUGCUUCCUCCACAUCUUCCCACUAUGACUAUCCAAGAAGUCAAAGAUGUCACUUAAAAAAAGCUCCCAUCAAGCUUUCUGGCAGCCUUCUCUGUACCUGUGUUCCCACAGAGCUGCAGACAAAGACCAGGGUGACAGUGUUGGGAGGAGACAUUCUAUAUGCCCUGUGCCUGAGAGCAACCUGCCAGGGCAUCUCAGUUUUCAUCCAUGAAGCCACUCUCUUGAUGUCUCAGGUGUCGUUCAUAGAAAGACCAUCCUGGAUGCCAACCUGAAAGACUACACUCCAACUCUACACUGUUCCUGUCCAUCCACCCACUACCUCCUCUGGGCCAGACAGAUCUUGCAGAUGCCUCCUCAUUCAGGCAUUUCACGGUUGUAUCGGAGCUGAUGAGAACAUCCAGAGACUUCUGUUUGCCUACAGAGUCACCUUAUUAUCAGACCUGUAACCACUGCAUUCUACUUCCUGUACUGACCAUGUCUGGUUAUAGCUGCCUGGUGACAGGAGCUGGAGGCUUUCUUGGCAAGAGGAUCAUUCACUUGCUGGUGCAGGAGAAGGAGGUGAAGGAGGUCAGGGCCCUAUACAGAGUCUUCAGACCACAAGACAAGGAGCAACUCUCCAAGUUGCAGACAAAGACCAAAGUGAAAGUGCUUGAAGGAGACAUUCUGAAUGCUCAGUGUCUGAGGACAGCCUGCCAGGGCGUCUCAGUUGUCAUUCAUACUGCUGCUGUUAUUGAUUUGAGAGGUACUUGUCACAGACAGACCAUCAUGGACAUCAACCUGAAAGGAACCCAGCACCUGUUGGAGGCCUGUGUGCAAGCCAGCGUGCCAAUCUUCAUCUACACCAGUUCAGUGGAGGUAGCUGGGCCCAACUCCUACAAGGAGAUCAUCCAGAAUGCCCACGAGGACGAGCACCAUGAAAGCACGUGGUCUGCUCCCUACCCAUACAGCAAAAAGCUGGCGGAGAAGGCUGUGCUGAAAGCGAAUGGCUGCACGCUGAGAAAUGGUGGCACCCUGCACACUUGUGCCUUGAGACCCACCUACAUCUAUGGAGAAGGAAGCCCAUUCUUGUCUUCUGUGGUGAAUACGGCCCUCAAAAACAAUGGGAUCCUGAAAAGUAUAGCCAAAUUCUCUAUUGUCAACCCAGUCUACAUUGCUAAUGCAGCCUGGGCCCACAUUCUGGUCACCAGGGUCUUAAGAGAUCCCAACAAGGCACCAAACAUCGGAGGACAAUUCUACUACAUCACAGAUGAUACGCCUCACCAAAGCUAUGAUACUUUCCAUUAUACCCUGAGCAAAGAGUGGGGUCUCAGCCUUGAUUCCACCCCGAGCUUCCCUCUCUCUCUAAUGUACUGGCUUGCUUUCCUGAUGGAAAUAGUGAGCUUCCUAUUGAGGCCCAUUUACAAAUAUCAACCACCCUUUAACUGCCACUUACUGACCCUGUUAAAUAGUGUGUUCACAGUCACGUAUAAGAAAGCUCAACGAGAUCUAGGGUAUGAGCCACCCUUCAGCUGGGAGGAAGCCAAGCAGAAAACUGGGCAGUGGAUCAGCUCGCUAGUGCAGCAGCACAAGGGCACUUUGAAGACAAAGACUCAGUGAUGUGGCCAUGACAGGGAGGGGUUCUGGGUGAUGCCUGGAGCUACUUAUAUUCUCCUUCCAUCUGGGUUCCUCCAGAAUAUGACAAAGGCACAUGCCCAGGUCCUACAGCCUCCUGCCCACACAAUGGCAACUUACUGUCUUCCUAAGGCCACUAAGGUGCCAGGUGAUCUCAUUUCCCCUUGCUAGUCAUAAAGUGUUUUGUUUACUUGAAAAACUUACACUGCUUCACAAAGCACAAUGAAAACAAAAUAAAACUCCAUGCCUAACAUGGAA